AGUGCAGGACACGAGAAGGGGGGAAAGGGAGGUGAAGAGAGGAUGAUACUGUUGAGUACAAAACAAUUAGUCAUUUCUGGCUGUGACUCAGAUGUAUCCAGUCAGUUAGUGUGUGUGUCCAGUCAGUCAGUCAGUCAGUCAGUCGAGCAGUCAGCUGGCCUCAUCAUCAGCAUGGCACGAGACACCCGAAAGACAAAUAUCGGGCUGGGCAUUGUGGCUGCUGUCUUCAUCUUCACUAUUAUUAUUUUGUGUAUUGUGCCCAAGGAGGGUGGUCAGAGGUACAGCAUACCAGAACAGAGUGCAAGAGGUCGUGAUCACGAAGGUAUUACUAAUACCACCAGCACCUCCACAUCCACCACCACCAGCUCUACCACCAGCACUUCUGCCAGCACUCCCACCACCGCCACCACCAGCUCCACUGCCAGCGCUCCCACCUCCACCACCAGCACUCCCACCACUGCCACCACCAGCGCUCCCACCACUGCCACCACCAGCACUCCCACCACUGCCACCACCAGCACUCCCACCACUGCCACCACCAGCACCGCCAGCAGCACUUCCACCACCGCCACCACCAGCUCCACUGACAGCACUCUCACCAAUGGCACCACCAGCUCCACCGCCAGCUCCAACACCACUGAUCUUUCUUCAGAAACUUCACCUACCACUAUUAUUGAGGAUUCUACCACUCCUUAUCCUUCUUCUCCUCCAGAAACUAAACCUACCAGUGAAACUACUAACACUACUGAGGAAACUACCACAAAGAAUAGCACUGACACCACCAUCACCACCACCACCACUCCAUCAAAAAUUACACCUACUGAAACUACUAACAUUUCUGAGAAAACCAUCACAGAGAAUGAUAAUGACAUCACCACCACCACAGACCUGCCACAUAUGAAUAAUAAGUGUGAAUUACCAGCCUGUGUGAGUCUGGCGAGUGACAUAAGGGUGAUGAUGGACAGUGCUGGGAAUGUCAGUGCUUGUGAGGAUUUCUACCAAUAUGCAUGUGGAGGCGUGAUGAACAAGCCAUACAUCAUGCCAAUGAACCGUGGCGCCAUGGCAAGGAAGAUAAUCAAAGAUGAGCUGGGCAGACAGAACAGCAGUGACACCAACAGUGCUGGAGGCAAAAUGAAGGCUUUUUAUGACAGCUGCCUCAGUUCAGGGAGUCAGGAUACCAGGAAGAGCUGGGCAGAACUUAUCAAGAACAUGUUUGACAUCUAUCAGUUCAUUGACUCAGCGAUGAAUGACACUGACUUCAACUUUGACUUGAAUGAAGCUUUGGGCUACAUGAUGAAAAGAGGCUUCACACCAUUCUUUGACAUAGAGCUUGAGGUCGAUCCUGAUGGGAAAGAGAACUUCAUGAUAAGCCUACAUCCCACUAUCCCUGGUUCACCCUUCAGUAACAACCUGGCCAGGAAGGUUUGCCUUGAGGAACAUCACAGCAAUCUCACAGCCCUAGGCAAUACUUCCUAUAAUGUCGCUGAAGCAUAUGACAAUUUUACAAACUGUGUGGGGACUGGGAAAGGACUGGAGGCAAGACUGGUCAGAAUGAAGGAUGCUGUGGUUCAGUUUGAACUCACAAAAUCAGAGGAAUUGUUGGAAAAGACUUUAGCCAUGACAAAGAAUUUUUUGACAGAACUUUCUGAACACCAGCCACCUGUACCAGACCUCAUCAUGAAUCUUGCCAACAAUGACUAUGAUAGUAUAAAAUAUGUUGAUGAACUUCAUAUGUCGAUCAUUGACUGGACGACAGUGCUGAGUGUGUUCCUCAAUGCUGAUAAGUCAGAAGUCAAUACUAGGAGAAUUGCAAUAUACAGCGAAAGAAGCAUGAACAGUAUUAAUGAGAUGCUGAAUCAUUAUCAUGAUAUGUCCAAGGCAGAACUGAACAACAUAUUGGUGUUGCUGUGGGCCGAGUGGAUUUACACAGUUUUAGUGGAACCUGUCAGGGGGAGUGAACAAGAGUACUGUCUCAACACUGCCAUUUCCCUGAUGGAAGACACAGCCUCCUACCUCUACCUGCAGGCUGUGGAUCCAGAUGUCAAGGCUCGAAAUGAACAGAUUGAUAAGAUUGCAGCAAACAUCAAGCAGGAAGGACUGAGUGUACUAAGGGACUGGUCUUUACCAGAGCCCUUCCUAACGAAACUGGAAACCAUGAUGGAAAACGUGAUUAAACUCGACAAUGUAAAGAGAGAAAUAGCCACCAAGAGCAUGGAAGAGGUCAGCCUGACUGGUGACUUCCUACACAACACCCUGCUGCUCGUCGAACAUCAAAGCACUCUCAUGAAGAAUAAGUUAGAUGCAGGCACAGCUAAAAUGUGGAGGGUGUUUGCACGUCCAUAUGACCCAUUUGGUAUCUACAACUACAGACUGAACAAUAUAAUGAUCCCUUACGCCUCACAGGAACCCUUCCAGACACUCAGGGAUGCUCCAGAGUACCUUCAAUAUGCCAGAAUUGGUCAUCAAAUUAGUCAUCUGAUGUGGCAUGGCUAUGACACAUCCGGGAUUGGCUUCCUACCAGGGGCAACCUCAUUCACAGACAUAAAAUUGAGGUACAACCAACUCAAGACUGAAUAUAUUGGUGCAAAAAGCUACAAAAACCCCAAAGGUCUCACAGCAAAUUAUGAAAUGACUAACUUGACAACAAAUGAAAUCUGGGCUGACGUGGGAGCAAUAGACUUGGUAUGGCAAGCUUACCUCAAAAGGAACGAGGUGAAACCAACAGCAGAGAAUCUAGUUGAGAAGCAAGUACAAAAUAUCCAAACCCGCCGCCGCCGUUCUGUUACGGACCCCCAGGACUUUGAAGAACAGACACUUCCAUUCCUUGACAUGACCCCUGCACAGCUGUAUCAUCUCUACUGGGCUCAGAGCUAUUGCAGUGACAGCAGUGACCUGAACAUGCUGGAGGUAACAGAGAGUAGAAAACCACCUGGGAGAGAAAGGGUGAACUUUGUGACACAACACAGUGAAGAGUUCAAAAAGGCAUUCAGCUGCACCCUAAACUGAACUGAAGAGCUGACUGGCCUGCCAACUACUGCUGUGACUGAAUCCCUUGAAAAUAUUAGUUAGUCAAGAAUUGGAUAUGUGAGUUGGUUAAGAAUUAAGAGGACUUUUCAGGCCAGGGUGCCAACCACUGUUAAAACUGAAUGCCUUGGAAAUAUUAGAGAGUUGGUGAAGAAUUUAGGAUUAUUUUCUUAUAACUGAAUGUCUUGAAAAUAUUAGUUAGUCAAAAAUGAAGAGGAAUUUUUUCUUAUAAUUGAAUGCCUUGAAAGAGUAGUUAUUCAAAAAUGAAGAGGACUUUUUUUGUUAUAACUGAAUGCCUUGAACAGAUUAGUUAACAAAAAUGAAGAGGAUUUUUUGGGGUGAAUGCCAUAUAACAGUGUGAUCCCACAGUGGGUUUGUGGGUCACAAGUGGCUUGCCAGUUGAUUUAGUACGGCCUGCAAGCACUCACCGAUUGAUUCUAUGAUAUGAAAAAAAAAUACUUACAUUAUAUUCAGCUAUGGUCAAGUGUGUAGAAUAAUAAUGAUUAGCUUGUUAUGACAUUGCUACUAGAAUAACAUCAUGCCUGCAAGGCAAAAAUCCUUCUCCAUGGCACACAUCAUGAACACAGCCACUUCUUUGUACCAGAAAUAUUUUUAUAAAGUCAUACUAGUACUUUUGCAUUCACUUUUGAACCCACCAAUCUCAGUUUGUUUACAUUAGGUUAGGGUGACUCAGGUUUCAGGUGUCUUAUUUCACCGUUACUUUAUGGGAGAAUCACAAUCAAGCUAUUCCCAAGAAAGUCCUAUGAUUAUUUUCAGAAUACAGGGCAUGUGUAUUUAUUUUGGUAUGCAAAAACCAAGAACACUGGAUCAGUGUUUCCAAACUGGGUUAUUUAUUGUAAAUUGGGCUAGUUUCUGGAGUGCUGGGCUACUAAAUAUUGCAAUGUAAGACAUGCAACUUGUUGGGCUGCCAAUGGUGGCCCUCACCUCUUAAGUUUAAUGCCAAAGUGGCCAGCACUAUUGGAGAAGUUGGACCACUUUGCCUUAUGACACUGCUGAGUUUGUUAAUAAUUAAGAGGACUUUUGUGUCAAGCUGCCAACCACUGUUAUAACUGAAUGCCUUGAAAAUACUAGACAGACAAGAAUCAAGGAUUUUUUGGACUAGGCUGCCAACCACUGUCAUAACUGAAUGCCUUGAAAAUAUUAGUUAGUAAGUUUGUGUUUGUUAAAUGUUUGUGUUGUAAGAGAGGGCAGUGCCUUACUUGCUGCAGGAUCAUGCAGGACAACCACACUUCAUGUUUGCCCUGUACAAGUGGAUCACAUCUUAAUACUUUUGAUAUGCAUAUAUUAAUUUUCAUAGAAAUCAUGAAAUAUUUUACUCUUGAUACAUCAUUUUAAAUCCAGAAUAUUUCAAUCAAGGACUUUUCUUUCUUGUUCAAUCUCUGUGUAAUGGAAAAGUGUUUUUCUUUUUUUUUACAUAUUUUCAGAGCUUUUACUGACAAAAGCUGUUAAAAUAUUUGCAAUUUUGUAAGAUAUUAGGGAAUUUUCUUCAGUUUAUCGGGUUCUGUGUAAAGACAAAGUAUUUUCUUUUCUGUCAUUAUUUGUGUCUGUAUGCUGUGUGCCUAACCUAUCUUAACUUGAACUUAAGCUAAUCUAACUAUGUAUUACUGCUAUUAUUUGUGUGUGUGUGUGUGUGUGUGUGUGUGUGUGUGUGUGUGUGUUGCUUUAUCUUCGUUACUCCUUGUGGAUAUGCCAGUCUGGUUUAUAUAUAUAUAUAUAUAUAUAUAUAUAUAUAAGUAUAAACCAGGUUUUAGUUUGUGACCAGUCUUACAAUGAAGAAAAAACAAAUAAUAAUUACAUCCCGAUUGCAUAUGAUAAAGAAAUAUUAUGCAAUGUGAUUACUGUACUUUGUCAUUUAUGUCAAGUUCCUUAAUUAAAGACAAAAAUUAAUUCUUGAAAAAAA